AUGGCAGAACAAGGUCAAGCUUCAACCAAAACCUUCAACAAAGACGUACAACAAAUUCUCAAAAAUCAUGAUAGAGAAAUGAAUCAACAAGAAGACACAAGCACAACUAGAGGAAAAGGGAAAGCGACACGGGGAAGAGGUAGAGGGGGCAGAAGAGGUCGAGGCGGCGCGACAUCAACUAGACCGACAAGAAGUGCAACAAAAGGAAAGAUACGUAAACCAAAGGAUGCUACUACAGAAGAUGAAGAUGAAGAGUUAACAGAGUUGGAAGAAGUAAAAGAAGAUGAAGAAGGAGACAGAAGCAUAAAUGGAAGUGUGGAAGGAGAUAAGGAGGAUGAGGAAGAGGUAGAUGAAAUAAUAUCUUUAGGAGAUGAAGCAGAGUUUGUCAUGGAGAGCGCUCACAUUGAGAGAGAACACAAUCACUAUGCAGAAGAGUUGAUGAAGCUGUAUCGAAAAGGAAAAACAGGAAGAUUCCAAAUGUUGAAGAUGUCUUAUGAGGAGUGGUGCAAAAAGAACGGUUCUAAGCCACGAAUGAUUCAGAUGCUAGGUUGUUCAAGUGAUGAGGAAGAGGAGCAGGUGUCAGGAGCUGUGAAGAGGAAAAGCAAAGCACAAGACACCGAUAAACCGAUCAAAAUAGGGAAGACAAUGAACCCAGGGAAAGUCUUGACUCACCGCCUGAUUGAACUCUCGGCAUAUUGGAACAAUAAGAUGGUGGCCUGUUUCGGAUACGUCCCGCUCACGAUUUUUGUACCAGCCUGGUUACUAGCGGAUACAACGCACAUGGCCAAUAGGCGGAAACAGUCCUCGUCUUGCUCCAAUGUCUUGUCCUACGUAGAUGAACAAAUCACGGCAGUCACGGGAGGACGGAUGUUGUCACACUUAGCAACACCAGGGAGAAGUCAUCAUGAACAUGGUCACACUCAGUCCAAUGGACAGCAUCAUCACGACAACUUUGGGAAUCACGUAGGAUAUGAUGACCACGAGCAAAGUGGGAGUCAUGGAGGAGUUAGUAAUGGACGUGGGAGAGGAAAGAGAGGAAGAGGAAGAGGAAAUGGACAUGGAGUAAGUGGAAGAGGCGGGAUCAUGAGGACAAUGACUCAACAAGCCCCAACCACGAUGAUAAACGGAGUGGCGGUCCCGAAGUUUGGACCAGGGGCCUUUGAAGCCUUAAAAGCAGCAAGACAGGCAGGGACAAGCAAUAGUGCGGGAAGUCAACAAUCUGAGACCGCAAGUUACAGAAAACGUGGAGACACACCUCAUGAAGUGAAUGAAGUUACACGAGACGUAACGGUCCAAAGAGCAGAUCACGACCAACCAAGAGACCAGAGUAAGAUUCUAAUAAAGUGCAACAAGGAGACAGUCACUGACAUUUAG